UCCUGAUUGGUCCGCCUUCGGGACGGGCUUCCAGUGACAGGACUGGCCAAGAUGGCGGCGUCUGCGGAGCUGCAUCAGCUUCAGGGGAGGCUGGAGAGCCUGGAGGAGCGCGUCUUCGGGGCCUCCGCGGGGAAGGACGUCGCGGGAUCCGCCAGGAAGAUAGGAGAUGGCUUAGGCAAAGUACAGGUGGCUUUGAACAAUGUAGCAAGCAAGAGAGAGAGAGUUAAAAUCCUUUUCAAAAAAAUUGAAGACAUCAUAAAAUACUUGGAUCCUCAAUACAUUGAUCGGAUGGCCAUUCCAGAUGCGAUGAAGGUGCAGUUUAUCUUGGCAGAAGAGCAGUCCAUCAUGGCUCAGGCAGCACUUUUGGAGCAGGUGAACAGCCUGCAGCCUUACCUAGACAGUGCCCACAUCAAAGCCGCUCCCGAUCAUGCAGCCAAACUGCAGAGACUUUCACAGAUCCACAUUCAGCAGCAGGACCAGAGUGAAGCGGUGACGGAGAAUGUCCGGUUACUCCUGGAUGAUUACAACACAAUGACGUUUCUCCUGUCUAAACAGUUUGUCCAAUGGGAUGAAUUAUUGACCAAACUGGAAGCAGCAAAGCAAGUGAAGCCUGCGCCCGAGUGAAGGCAGGGCCCUUGUUUGGCAGUGCGUGGAACCCAUGACUCCUGCGUCUCCUUGCAUAAUAUUUCCUUUUAAGAAAGCAACUUCUCUCCUCCAUAUCCGAGAGCAUCGUAUCCUGGGCCCUUGAAUUGGGACCUCAGGAAUUGCUGGGAUUUUUAUCGGAAGCCAGACUUGACAGAGUUGUUGAACGGUCUUACAGCGGCGCUACAUCCCUGUCCGUAUGUUCAGUUUGUGCUUUUUCUCCUUCUGACUUAACUCUUCCCCUUAAGUUAUUUUUGCUUCCCAUUCAUCCCACCAGUUGUAUUGCAUGACCCAUCAUUCUAGUUCCUGUUACUAUGGACCAUAAUAAAACUAAUGACUCCCACAGUA